AUGGCAACUAGCAGCUGGAAUUCGGUCACUCUCGGAGCAGCAUUGCUGCUGAGCAUUCUUUCCACGGCAGCAGCAUCCUUUGGCGCUCGUCGUCCACCACCGCUCGCGUUGUUAGAGGCCCAAGCAGUUUGCGUAAAGUACCUGGGCAUCUGUGAGGAUCGGCUGGUGCAGUACAACAACAGCGUGUAUCCGACCGAUCGAGAUACGAUGUGUAUGGUGCGUUGUGCGGGACUGAUUGUCGGCUUCUGGGAUGACACGCAUGGAUUGAAGCUGGAGGGUUUGAACAGCUUGUUCCCGGAUCUGGCAGCCGACAGUGGUGCUCAGCAUCAGAUUAUGAGCUGCGCUGAACAGCGAUCGGCAAGCUGUCCACCAGAGGAUGCCUGUGCCAGAGCGUACCACGGAUUCCGUUGCUUUCUGCAGGCCAACCAGGUCGGGUUUGGCGUGAAGGACUCUUCUCAACCACAAGCGAUGGUGUCUCCUUCGCAGCCAUUUAGCGGGAUGGAGUUCAUGAGUGCGGUUACUGCGUGUACGAAAAUACUGCGAAUACCGCCCAAGCUCGAGGAGCUGUACAGGAAAGGUGUCUUUCCAAACGACGCCCACACGCGCUGCCUCAUCCGAUGCGUGGGCAUACGGACCGAGCUGUACGACGACAAGCAGGGUCCGAACUUGGCCCGAUUGUAUGGGCUCUUUGGAGGCGGCCAAACGGAAGUCGAUUUCCGUCGGCGUGCCAACGUCUGCAUGGACGCCAAUCGGCCACUUUCAGAGGCGCAAGACAAGUGCGCCCAGGCCUACUACAAAUUGUACCUGUGCUUUAGAGACGGUUUUGGUGCGUUCACCCGCGCGAACUGCAACGCCAUGUAG